UAAAAAUAAUUUUACGUCCGACACUUUACGUCCGACACCAAAUUUAAUAAUAUUUACAUUUAAUACCAAAUUAUAUUUUCAGUGAUUUUAUGAAGUAAUUAACCGCCUAUAUUGUAAAUAUCUUUAUUUAUAUUUGUAGAACAUAAUUUUUGUUUUGUAAGUUGUCACACCUGCACUUGUGCAUUUUGGUUAUUCACAUGUCACCCAUGCUGGCCUUCACAGUCCUUUCUAUUGUUGAAACUGCAGUAUUUUUGUAGUGAAAUACAUUCUUCAACAGAUAAAGAAAGCUACACCAACAGCAGUGUCAUGGCAAAGAUCAGCAACAAAGAAAAGAUGGCACGUCGCAGAGCAAGAAUUAAGGGUGGUGAUCCAGUAAAAAGAGCAGAAUUAUUAGAGAAAGAUCGAUUAAGGAAAGCUAAAUAUAGAAAACAACAGAAGGAAAGUAUGUCUGAGCCAGAACUGAAGAAGUUACGUGCAAAGGAAAGUGAAAGAGUGAAAUGUUGGUAUCAUAACAAAAAAGGUGAGCCAGCAACAAUUGAAAAAAACAGUGACAUACCUUUGUGUUCAACUCCAUUUAAAACAAAACAGUCUUUAGGAAAGGCUAUGAAAAAAAUUCAGCGUAAUUUGCCACAGUCUCCACGAAAAAGGCAACAUCAUGUGCAAUGUCUAGCUAACCAAUGUGGCUUUAAAGUAACUCCUCCAAUAGGAAGAACCAGACAAAAUGAAGUUUCAGAAAAGUUAAGAAAAUGGGUUCAUAUAUUUUAUCAGAAUGAUGAUGUCAGUUGGCAAGCACCAGGAAAGAAAGACAGAGUAAUAUACAAAGAUGUAGACAAGGAUGGAAAUAAAGUGAAACGUGAAGUCCAGGCUCGUUAUCUCUUGGUGUCACUAGGUGAGGCGUAUAAGGUAUUUGUAGAGAAACACCCACAGGUUACAAUUUGUCGAGCAAAAUUUUGUGCACUUCGUCCUAAACACUGUAAACUUUUUUCUCAAAUUCCACAUUUUGUGUGUGUAUGUUCCUAUCAUGAGAAUGUCAGAUUGUUGCUACUGGCACUGAAAGACUUUACAGACUUGCCAACAGAUUUUGAUUCCUUCAUUACUACUCUAGUGUGUGAUGCUUCAUCCAAAGAUUGUAUGACCAACCGUUGUGAAUCUUGUACUAACAGUAUAAGUCAACAUACACCUAAAGAUGAAGAUCUGAGAAAGCCACUUAAAUAUUCUCAGUGGCAAAACAAUGAUGGACAUUCAGAGAAGAUGGAGAUACUGAGUAGUGUGCAAGAAACAUUUGAAGAUUUGAAAAGCAAGUUGAAAGACUUUUUAGUUCAUACCUAUAUCAAACGCAUUCAAGCAAAGACAUUUGAAACCAUUAAAUCAAAUGUUAAUGGCAGUGAAAUUGUGAUUUAA